GCUAACGCUAGCUUGUGUUAGCUCGUGUUAGCUGCAGCAGAGCACCGGGCUUUGUGCGGGUAGAAACCCGGCUGUAAUAAACCAAUUCCCGGCCACUCUACUGUGUGAGGUGCCGGUGAACAUGGCCAGGUACCUGCGGCCUCCUAACACGUCUCUGUUCGUCAGAAACAUCGCUGACGAGUCCAGGCCAGAGGAUAUACGACGUGAGUUUGGUCGUUAUGGGCCUAUUGUAGAUGUCUACCUUCCGCUUGACUUCUAUACUCGACGGCCGAGAGGAUUUGCUUACAUUCAGUUUGAAGACGUCCGCGAUGCAGAAGACGCGCUUCACAACCUGGACCGCAAAUGGGUCAGUGGACGUCAGAUUGAGAUUCAAUUUGCCCAAGGAGACCGCAAGACACCUAACCAGAUGAAGACGAAGGAGCGCAGUUCCCCUCGCAGCUCCUCUCGCCAUGACGAUGAGCGGGAUGGCCGCCGCCGCCGAUCCCGUAGCCGCAGUUACGAUCGCCGCAGGUCACGGAGCCCCUCCUACGAACGCCGUCCCAGGAGGUCGGAGAGCCCUCGAGAUUCUGGGUCCUACAGUCGACACAGACGGAGCCGAAGCCAAGAAAAUAACAAGUACAGAGGUCCUCCACGUGAUAACCACAGAGCACACCAUGAGCCAGGGUCACGCAGCCGCUCUGCGUCCCACUCCCCCUCCGCCUCAAGACCCAGGCCCAAAGGUAAAAAGAGCCAGUCCAGGUCCGACAGCCCGGCUGAAGACUUCCACCCAAACUCCGCCUCCCAGAAACAGUCCGUGGGACGCUCUCCAUCCCGCUCCCACUCUAGAUCCAUGUCUCGGUCACGCUCUCGCUCCAGAUCCUGGGCUGGACGCAAGUCUGGUGGUCACUAAUUCUCUGGUCUACCAAAGCCCUUGAGGAUGUUACUCUUCAACUUAUGAUAACUACAGUGAUAUGCUCUAUAUUUGAAUUUGAUUAUCAUCACAUUUUGGAAGGGGCUGUUGCCAAAGGAAAGAGCAGUAGCAACAGCUUGGAUGUUAUGUUUAUGCUUAGUGAAAACUGUUAUUGUUUUUAAGUAAUUCAUGAAAGCACAGGCCAGGUUGAGUUAUUUGCGACUUGUGUAAUGUUGGAUGUUGAAGGGUAAGAUAAUGUCAUGGGUACUAUCGUUUUUUUUUUUACUUUGAGUAUGCAAUAUCAUAUUCUUGUUAAUAUGCCUGUUUCCAUAUGGUGUGUUAUGUUAAGGAUUAAAAACUCAAUUAAACAUCUGGCCAGUAUUACCAAUGUGUUUAAAUAACCCGACCCCACAUGUCUGGAUUCAGGGGCACUGAUGUAGCUGUUGCCAAAGUGAGGCAGUGGAUGAUAAAUGGAACGUGUCCAGAACUUUGUAAUUUAACAAUAUGUAAGAGCCAGGCCUUCGUUCUCAUGUUCUAUGAUCAAUUACUUCUAAUGUCCCAUAGAAAUGUUUUAAUUGUAAUGGUUUUACUUGGUGUGUUUUACCAAUAAAGACUUAAAAUCUG